AUGAACUUAGAAUUACCGCAAAAGAUCUUACAGCAACAAAGUCAACAAUCGCACUUGUUUCACACAUUUGCAGGCAAUUUUAGUGAUUUAUCUUACGCAUCUUCUGAGGAGGAUGGGUCGCAACACUGCAUAAGUAGUCCCAGCUACGCGCACAUUGAUGUGAGCGGCUACAAAGAAAAUUGCAAAAUGUUGCGCGACUGGCCUUCAGCUGUAAGCUAUACGCAAGGCAACCCAUUACAACACAUCUCCGAAGCCGAACUCUAUCAAAGCUACACCUAUAACUCGGUACAGCUCCAGCAGCACUAUGAUUUUAAUACCAGUAUAGGUUCCUGUAAUGAAACUGCAUCUACCAGCACCACACCCAGUGUGUCUGGUUCACCUGUGACAACUAAAACUGCUAAAUCCAGCAGACGUUCUGGCGGUCAUUUCCGCAAAGAUUCAUUGACAAAAAGACCAGAUACUGCUUUGCAACCUCCUAGCCCUGCUGUGCUUAAGCGGCGGCGCCAAGCAGCAAAUGCACGGGAACGCAAACGCAUGAAUGGUCUGAAUGAGGCCUUCGACCGCCUGCGAGAAGUGGUGCCCGCUCCUACGAUUGAUCAAAAACUGUCCAAAUAUGAGACGCUACAAAUGGCGCAGACUUAUAUAACGGCACUUUGUGAAAUGCUGGAGAACGGGCUUAGCGCAGGCAACUAUAUAAUCCAGAGUGGCGAUCAAACAACGUUCCAAGAGGAUAUCCGGUUGCAGUGA